AUGGUCAGAGAUGUGUAUUCACGACGAGCGAAGGACAGCGAAUUUCGGGCGCGGUCCGCUUACAAGUUAAUCCAGAUCGACAAUGAGUUUCGUUUGUUUACUUCUGAGGUGGAGCGAGUGAUUGAUUUAUGUGCGGCCCCCGGUAGUUGGAGUCAGGUGAUAGCGGCGAAGUUAGGUCCGCCUUCGGGACCUGUAGGUCCCGGGCCCGAUUCCAGCUCCGCCCCGAAUUCGGGACCGAGUCCCAUAUUGGUUGCGGUUGACUUACAGGAAAUGGCUCCUAUUCGGGGUGUACAUUGUCUACAGGGCGACAUCACAAGUCCUGCCACACUGACCCGAAUCGACACACUGUUAGGACAUUGUCCCGCAGAUCUCGUGGUCUGCGAUGGUGCGCCCGAUGUAACUGGCAGUCAUGUCAUCGAUGAACAUCUCCAACUUGACCUACUAUAUGCAGCCGUACGAGUCUGUCUUGUCGAACUCAAACCUGGAGGCAACUUCGUUACCAAAUUCUUCAAAGACAAGCAUGCACAUAUCUUCGUCGAAGUACUCACACUAUUCUUUCAAGAAGUGUACACUCAUAAACCUCCCAGCAGCAGAGACCAGUCAAUGGAAGCCUUCGCCAUUUGUAAACAUCUCAGGUAA